AUAGUAACCUUAACGCAGCACAGGUAGGUGUUAGCUUCAAUUCCAUCGUUGCUAAACCCGAACCGCAGAGUUUCAUUGAACCCCACUGCCCAAACAAACCCUACUCUUCGAAGGUGAGUGAUUUUUGGAGAAAAAACAAAAGAAAACUCACUAGACAUGGCAAACCAAGCAGCUACCUCUUUUAAUGGCAACAUAAAGAGAGCUCUUGCUGGUAUCAAACGCAUCAAUCUGGAUGGUCUGCGAUGGAGGGUUUUUGAUGCCAAAGGACAGGUCCUUGGAAGAUUAGCAUCUCAAAUUUCAACUGUAAUUCAAGGCAAGGAUAAGCCUACAUAUGCUCCAAACCGUGAUGAUGGGGAUAUGUGCAUUGUGCUUAAUUCAAAGGAUAUAGCUGUUACAGGGAGAAAGAUGAUGGAUAAGUUUUAUCGCUGGCAUACUGGGUAUGUGGGCCAUCUCAAAGAAAGGAGUUUAAAAGACCAGAUGGCAAAAGACCCUACAGAAGUCAUUCGCAAAGCUGUCCUACGCAUGCUUCCUAGAAAUAAAUUACGUGAUGAUAGAGAUCUAAAAUUGAGGAUAUUUACUGGGAGUGAGCACCCAUUUGGUGAUCGUCCCCUUGAACCAUACAUAAUGCCUCCUAGAUCAGUUCGAGAAUUGAGGCCACGUAUCAGACGAGCCACGAUUCGAGCUCAGAAAAAGGCUGAGCAGCAACAGCAGGGUUCUAAUGAUACGCGGAAAGGCAAGAAGAAAGGAAUUGAAGUAGAAGCCGCACAGUGAAAAUUGGAAGAUGAUGGAAAAGAAAUUUAUGACAAAACGCAAAACUGAAAGAGCUAACGUGCAUCUCUUGAUGGAUUUAUAUUGUCAAUAUGUAAUAACCAUAAGGACAGUCACGGAGCCUUUUUAGAAGUUGAAACAUUCCUCUCUUGAAUUUCCUUUUUAGUUUUGCAAACAUAUAGUGAAUGCAUUUGCUUAGGUCA